AUGGUCUCCCCUGCAAUUCGCGCUCUCUCAGCGUUUGCCGUUCUCGCUGUACUGGUCAACGCGCAAGAACCGACCUUCAAAGGACAGCUUCUCAUUGAACCAGCUUUGACCAGUGCAAAAUGCAUCACAGCGGCCUCAAACACAGACGGUGCUGCCGUUACUAUUCAAACCUGCACCGGUUCUCCUUCCCAGCAGUGGACAUUCUCAGGGGGCACCGUCAGAGUCUUCGACAACAAAUGCUUGGACGUUACAAAUGGGACGACGGUGGACGGCACGAAGAUGCAAAUCUGGACAUGCACCUCCAACAACGCCAACCAGCAGUUUGUUUACACCACGUGGGACAACAGCUUGGCGUGGGCCAACAAGGGCAAAUGCAUUGAUCUUCCUGGAGGCAGCACAGCAGAUGGCACUCGCAUUCAGCUAUGGUCCUGUUCCUACGGGAACAUUAACCAGAACUGGAAAGUCGGAUACCUCGCCUCGAAUUUACCCACAACUUCUCAGGAGAAACAAUCCGGCGUAAACAACUGCGGAACAGGCUCAAGUCCGUCCUCCAGUUGUCAAACGAUUUGGAUAAACUCCGCCAGCGAUUUCUGUCUAUGGGCACCACCAUCCCUUGGUGCUAUCGGGGACACUGAGCGUGAUGAAGUUGCAUGGUGCACUAAGUCUGGUCGCGGCGCGCGAACUAUUCCUGACGGCACAUUGCAAGGCGUCCAUUUCGUCCAGACCCCUGAGUACGUACAAGUCACAGGGGUGGGCGAUUUCACCAAGAUGAACAUCCCUCGGGGAGAUGCUGGUGGUGAACUGGAUAACAGAGGAGCUGAUGGCCGAGGAAAUCCAAUCGGUGGUCUGGUCUACGGCAAUACCUUUGGCACUGGCCUUCAGUACCAUGAGUGGACCAGUUUUAUCUCUGACAGCGAAUUCUGUUUCCGUGCUUGCGUUGGUCCUCGUGCGACUGUCCUGUGCAACCACAUUUACGACGUCAUGGGAUGUUCCUGGAACAUGCCAGCUAACUAUGAUUCACAUGUGUACGAGGACUGUGAUGGCGAUUCAGAUCUCCCUAUGGGCGUUUAUGGGACAAGCACAUGGCACCAGGGAACCAGCCCCACACCCACUGCUCACCCGGCUGCGUCAUCGUCGAAUUGCAAGCCCCUUCCUACCGUUACAGUCUCUCCAUUGAUGAGACGCGACAACACACGCGACAAGCGUCGCCUUCCUGUCUUCCCCCACCGGCGCCCUACCUAA